AUGGCCAGUAAAACUUUGUUUAAGUGGCCAAAGCAAGUUACAAAUUCACUAGUUGAGCAGCUAAUAAAAGCAGAAAAGGACAUAAACAAAGCUGUCCUUAUGUUUGAUUCUGCAACAGAUGAGUAUAGCAAUGGAUUUCGACAUGAUCAUAAAACUUUUGGUGCAAUGAUCUAUAGGCUAGUUUCUGUGAAUCAGUUUAGGCCAGCUGAAGGAAUGCUGGAGAGAAUGAAGCAAGAAGACUGCAAGGUUGAUGAGGACAUAUUUUUAACCAUAUGCCGAGGUUAUGGACGUGUGCACAGGCCACUUGAUGCCAUCAGGGUUUUUCAUAAGAUGGAAAAUUUUCAGCUUAGGCCAACUCAGAAGUCUUACCUUACAAUAUUUGAUAUUCUCGUGGAGGAAAAUCAUGUGAAAAGGGCGCUUGGUUUUUACAAGGAGAUGAGAGAAAAGGGUAUUCCGCCUAGUGUUGUUUCCCUCAAUAUUUUGAUUAAGGCGCUCUGCAAAAAUGAGGAAACUGUCGAGUCUGCUUUCCGGAUAUUUCGUGAAAUGCCUAAUCGUGGAUGCCAGCCUGAUUCGUAUACAUAUGGUACAUUGAUUAAUGGGCUGUGCAAGCUUGGAAAAAUCAAUCAGGCAAAGGAAUUGCUGGAUGAGAUGGAAGAGAAAGGUUUGUCGCCUUCAGUUGUUAGCUAUACUAGUUUGAUACAUGGCAUGUGUCAGUCUAAUAAUUUGGAUGAAGCUAUAGAAUUGCUCGAAGAGAUGAUAAGAAAUGGCAUUGAGCCAAAUGUUUUUACUUAUAGUUCUUUAAUGGACGGUUUGUGUAAAUGCGGCCAUUCAUCACAAGCAAUGGAGUUGUUAGAAGUGAUGGUUAGAAGACGUCAUUCGCCUAACAUGGUCACUUAUAGUACAUUAAUCUAUGGACUGUGUAAAGAAGGAAAGUUUAGAGAAGCUGUGGAGAUUCUUGACAGGAUGAGGCUUCAAGGAUUGAAACCAAAUGCAGGGAUGUACGGGAGAGUAAUAAGUGGCCUCUGUGCUACAAGCAGCUAUCACGAAGCUGCAAACUUCAUUGAUGAGAUGGUUCUUGGCGGUAUCUCACCAAAUCGAGCAAGUUGGAGCUUUCAUGUCAGAAUGCAUAACAUGGUGGUUCAAGGUCUUUGUAAUAAUAUUGAUCCACCUCGCGCAUUCCAAUUGUAUCUUAGUAUGCGUACUAGGGGUAUCUCUGUUGAGAUUGACACUUUUGACUGUUUAAUCAAAUGCUUUUGCAAGAGAGGAGACCAGCACAAAGCUGCUCGGAUUCUGGACGAGAUGAUAUUAGAUGGCUGCAUUCCAGAUGAGGGAAUAUGGAAUGUAUUAAUGUGUGGACUUUGGGAUCGGAAAAAAGUGAGAGAAGCCACCGAGCUAUUGUUGGCUGAGCUGAAGCAAAAAGUUAUUGAAGCUGAGAGUUGA